AUGUCAGAUUCUAGAGGUGUAGAAAAGGUGAAAGGGAAAGAUCUCGAAUCCAGCAGAGAGGAAGCCCACAAAGAAAUCAGGAAGGAAAAGCAGAAACAAAUAGAAGAGAAAGAAUCAUGGAAGAUAAGAGAAAUAGAAAUAGAACUUGCAAUCCAAAAGAUACAAAGCACAGAAGUGCAAAAGGAAGAUACAAGGAAAGAAGUUCCAGAAGGAGACAACAAUAAAGAUGUAAAAAAACUAGAAAAAAAACAGGAGAAAGGAGAGCAGAAGAAGUGGAAAAGAAUGGCUCGAGAGGUUGUGCAAGAACACAACAGUAGGGAAGAGAAAAUAAAUCCAGAAGGGAAGAGGAAGCUUGGAGAAGGAGCACCGAUGGAGAUUAUAGAAGAGGAGACUCAACCAAAAAAGCACCAACCUAGCACCCCAACGGCAGAGGCUGCAAAACAGCCCUGCCGAGAUCAAUGA